GAGGAACCAAAAUAAUCAAGUUCAAGCGAUUAGCAAUAGAAUUGUAGCGUAAAUUGGGAAUAAUGAAUAUAUACCUAAAGAAAUGUAUGCCACGAAAUCCAUACGCCACCGUAAUAUACCGUAUGAUCGGUUCUUCUGAGGUUGCAACUGCACUGCGUCCGUUUUACUUUGCCGUUCAUCCCGAUCUCUUCGGACGCUACCCACAGGAACGGCAGGUCAAUGAAGACUCACUCAAACUACUCAGCGCUCAUCUGGAAUCGUUGCUGACCCAGCAACGGGUCCUCCACUCAACUCCAAGAAUACUUCCCUUCUACAUAAGGGCCUCGAAUCUGCCGGAACAGCGUGGAACGUUCAAUCUUAUAAAAGUGCCUUUGGAGCGUACGACCGAUACGAAGAUGGUGCUAAAGAAAAUCCUGGAGGCGUGUAACCUUCCUACGGAGUUCGUUGACAAAAUGCCAUCCAACGGCAGUGGCAAUUACAGCAGAACGAAUGGAAACUCAAGGUCCACCUCCUCUGGGGACUCUUUCUACCGGAAAAGAGCAGGAAACGGACCGGAUCAGGAAGAUUCUCCGUUUGAUAUAUUUCAAUUUCGGGUGAAAAAAGCUAAAGAAAAUGAGUCUCUAGCGCACUGGCUUCAAAAGCAAAUAGUAACGGCAAACGUAAGAACUAGGGCUCUGCAGGAGAUGAAGGAUGAAGUGGCCAAAUUGAGGGAAUCGAUGAUUCAAACUUUAGGGGCCAGGGAUAUCGAAUACGAUUGCGGAUGGAAUGUGGAGCAUUUUCGUGGUUGCUUAAAAAGCUUAGAAAGAUUGAUCGAGUUGCACCCAGGAGCGGUGGACGGUCUUAAAGACAGGGUUUUAGUGUUUGCCUCCUUCACGGGAGUUAGCCUCGAUGGACAUGUGAUGUUGUAUACUGGUGACGUUCAACGAAACUGGUUAGAUCUUCUUCAAAAUAUCGACAAGCAUGAUGCAUAUCUUCGGAAACUUCCAGCAUAUGAAUACGCGCUGUCACAAGUUCUGCGAAACAUUAGGAUAGGCCGCCGCAAGUUCAUGCCAAAAGCACAGGCAAUGGCAUACGCUUCCCACCUUCGAAAGAUAACGACCAGUUUGCUGGAUUACCUCGGAAAAUCCAAAUAUCCAAAAAGUUGGCCAACUGAUUUAUCCAAGUUUGAAAUAGUCGUCGAAUCGGAGGCGGGACCUCUGAUGGUAAGUCCCACAGGGCAGCUAAUUGUUCCGGCUACAUGUCCCGGAUCGCUAUUGGUUGAUUUCCUAACCAACCAUUUGGAAGAGUCCUACGAGAAGCAGCAAUCAUACAAUCGCCACAAACACGUGGAGAGGGAUCUUCAUGCAAAAUGUAUCAAGCUAUUUAGCCUAUUAUCGCUUAGUAAAGAUGAUUCUGUUACACCUGACCGCAUGAUUGAGUGUUUGGAAAAGUUAAUAGCCACCAGCGGCCUGGAGUUGAACGAUAUUCAUCUCAACAUAACGACAUACUAUUCAGUACUGAAUGAUGGGACAGUUUGUAUUCCUUGGGACUGGAAGUAGAUACAACGGGCUCGAAGAAUGAGUAUCCAUUUUUUACGCAGUCAAACUGAACCAGUGCUUUUAAAGCUUUACUUUUAUUUGCUCUUAGAGAUUUUUCAUAUACACGAAAUGUGACGCAGUCAGUA